AUGAAUGGAACAGGUCUACGACCUAAGUGGAAAGACAAUCCACGACUGCCUCAAUUGGUCGGCAAGCAGUCGACGGAUGACUUGCAUACCCCUUGCUACGUGCGUCAUGCGUACAGGCAUGGCACCGUGGCUGUGGGGCCACCUUACAAGCUGCGGGAGCCACUGGAUGCUCGUAGUCCAGCGUGGACUGCGGCCCGCUUGGUGGAUGCCUCGAUCGAGAAGCAAGAUUGGGUCAGAUCAUACAGCAAGAUCCUGAAGGACAGGGCACCAGGAAGAAGCUCAAACUGGACGAAGAUUGGACCAACAAUACGAGCUUGA